GCAGGUUGGUCCGGGGUGGGCGCCGGCGGCCUGGCGCAGGCCCGCGGCGGAGGAAGAGCGGCUUAUCCACAUCCACCCCUCCUCCGGGUUGCCAUGGAGACGGGCGGGCGGCGGCGGCGGCGGCGGGGCUGUCAGUGAGGGAUCGCACCGGGAACCGGGGCGGCGGCGCAGGGGAGGCCGCGGCGGCGGCGGCGGCAGACAUGGACUCUCAGUGUGACUGUGCCGAGCCUCUGGCCGCCGAGCAGCCGUCGGGGAGGAUUAACAAAACCGCCUUCAAACUGUUCAAGAGGAGGAAGUCCGGGGGCACCAUGCCGAGCAUCUUCGGGGUGAGGAGCAAAGGCGGGGAGGGGAAGGGUGCCGGCAAAGCGGGCAUGGUGCGGAGCCGGACGCACGACGGCUUGGCCGACGCCGUGCUGGAGAGCAGCAAGAAGGAGGAACCGGGCGGCGGCGACCCUCAGAACCGGGAGCCGCAGAGCCGGCCGGGCGGCAGCCUCGGCGUGUCCGCCGGCAGCUCGGUGGCCAAGUCGCACAGCUUCUUCUCCCUGCUGCGGAAGAACGGCAGGCCGGAGAACAGCAAGGCGGAGAGCGCAGAGCAGCGGGCAGGCGGCAGACAAAAGAAGGGGCUGAAAGGCAUCUUCAGCAGCAUGCGAUGGCACAGAAAGGACAAAAAUGGCAAGGAUGAGAGGGGGGAAACCUCGGAGAUCCAGUCCGGCCUUAUUAUGCCGGGGUCUCUGACUGCCAGCCUGGAGUGCAUCAAAGAGGAGACGCCAAAACCUUUGUCUGAAACUCCGAGCAGCGCAGGAGACGCGGGGCUGGACGCGCCGCGGGAGAAGCGCAGCGGAGAGGCACUCGCCGCGGCCCAGGAGGAGGCCGGGGCGGGCGGUGGGGAGCCGCGGGACAGCAGCCCCCCGGCCCGGGAGGACCCAGCCGCUGCUGGAAGGCGACCCGAGGAGCUCUGCCACGAGCGACCGGACCCGGGCGCCGGAGAGGUUGGGACUGCGAAGGAUGCGGCCAUAACAGGUGACAUUCCAAUAACGACUAUCCCCCCUGUUGCACCUCACUGUGAUAGCGGUCAAGAGACGGCAGCCGCCCCUGACCCUUCCUCUGUUGAUCCACCCUCAGAGCAAUCGAUUGAUCGUAUUUGUUUGAUGUUUGCUGACGUGACUUCACUGAAAAGCUUUGACUCUCUUACAGGCUGCGGAGAUAUUAUUGCGGACCAUGAGGAGGAUGUGGGCAGCGGGAGUGGCAGCUGCGAGAAGAGCACCCCCGGGGCUGGCAAGCUGGGUGCCUCCAAGAAGCACCCGACCAUGGUGACCUACCAGGGAGGAGGGGAGGAGAUGGCCAGCCCAGACCAGGUGGAUGACACCUGCCUGCAGGAGUUCUGGGACAUGCUGUCACAGACAGAGGAGACCCCAACAGGAGGUGGAGGAGGCACAAAGAAACCCGAGGGGUUGAAGGAGAGCCGAGGUGCUGAGGGGGCCCAGAGCAGGGCAGUGGGGAAACGUGGUGGCCUCCACCAGAUCCCUAUUCACCUCAACCAUAAAGAGGAGCAGAAAGGCAGGGAGAAGGAGCCACAUGAAGGUGUCCCAAAUAGCGAUGAGGGCUACUGGGAUUCCACCACCCCUGGUCCUGAGGAAGACAGUUCCACAAGCAUCCAGAAGGAGACUAUCCCCAGGGACAGCUACAGUGGGGAUGCUCUCUAUGACCUCUAUGCUGAGCCGGAUGAGAACCCACCAGCAGCGCCUACAGUGGAAGAGGUCACCUGUGUGCCACGCUCCAAGCCUGUGUCUCCAAUAACAACCACACUGAAAACACCCUCAGGCACAGUGAAGGACUCCAAGAUACCCAUCAGCAUUAAACACCUUUCAUCACAUUCUGCCAGCCAUGGAGCAGAUACCAGUAACAGCCAUCACGUCGCACACCAUCACCUGGCCAAAAGCGAGAUGCACAGAACAAAAAUCCCUGUCUCUAAAGUACUAGUACGGCGGGUCAGUAACAGGGGCUUAGCAGGGACAACAGUGAAAGCUGCCACGUACCACGACAGUGCCAAAAAGUAGUUGAAUAAGAGG